AUGGACCAACCUACCAGUCCAGCCUCUGGGGCGUCUGUCCGUGCUGGCAUCUAUUCAGCAGAGGCACACCGACACGCCGCAGGCGAGCUAGAACACAAGCUGGGUCCCGACUCCAAGGAAGUGGAAGUCUGCCUCGAACAUCUGGAGGAUGGCGAGAAAUCGUCCAGACUGGCCGAAUACCUGCAGCUCGGCCUCGGUGAAGAUGACGCGCUUUUCCUCGCCAGCAUCAGUCCGGCAAAAGAGCGCAGCAUCUAUCGCAAAGUGGACUAUCGCGUGGUGCCCAUGCUGUCGUUCCUCUAUCUGAUCUCGCACCUCGACCGUGCGAAUAUUGGCAAUGCCAAGAUUGAGGGUCUCGAGGACAGUCUGGGAAUGCAAGGGGAUGACUACAACAUUGCUGUAGCUCUGUUUUUCAUCCCGUACAUCCUCUGCGAAGUGCCCAGCAACAUGAUCCUGGCCAAGUUCAAACGUCCAAGCUACUACAUUGGCAUUCUGGUUACGUGCUGGGGUACCAUCGUCACCCUGUCCGGCAUUGUCCAGAGCUUUGCUGGCCUCUGCAUCACCCGUUUCUUGAUCGGCAUCUUCGAGGCAGGGUUUUUCCCAGGAGCUGUAUGGCUGAUCAGUCAGUGGUACCCCCCGAACAAGACACAAAGUCGCAACGCAUUAUUCUACGUGUCCAGUGCAGCGUCGGGCGCUUUCUCCGGACUAUUGGCUGCUGGGAUUGCUCAGAUGGACGGCCUCGGUGGUCUUCGAGGUUGGCGGUGGAUCUUCAUCAUCGAAGGCAUCCUUUCGGUCUGCUUCGGCGUCGUGUCGUUCUUCCUGUUGCCCGACUCGCCCACCCUCUCGGGACGCUGGUUGAACGCGGACGAACAGCGUUACUUGCAUCUCAUGCACUUUGUCACUCGUGGGGUCAACAAACCCGAGGUCGAAAGCAGUGAAUCUACCAAGCGAUUCCGGUGGAAGUACUUCAGACAGCUCAUUGGGGACCCGCACAUCUACUUGCAGGCUAUGAUCUGCGCUUCGAACACCGUCCCCAACAACGGACUCAAGUUCACCAUGCCCACGAUUAUCAAGAAUAUGGGGUUUCGCUCGACCAACGCACAAUUACUCAGUGCGCCGCCUUACUUUGCGGGUGCCAUCGCCGCUGUCCUGUCGUCACUGUGGGCAGACAAGCACGCACGCCGAAUGCCGAUCAUCGUUUUCUUCCAAGCUCUGGUCGUCAUCUCCAUGUCUGUACUUUUCAGCUUCGCGCCCAAAAUCACUUCGAACGUGGCGCUCUGUUACACCAUGGUUGUCCUAGCCUGCGUCGGCGUUUAUCCUAUCGUGCCCGCUUGCAAUGCGUGGACGGUGAACAAUCUCGCCGGCGCAGAGAAGCGUGUGAUGGGUAUUGCAUUCAUGGUCACCAUGGGAAAUACCGGCGGUUUCAUUGGAAGCUGGAUCUUCAAGCAGAGCGAAGCACCUCGGUAUCCGACGGGCUUUGGCACCUCGCUGGCUUUCGGGGCUGCCGGUAUCGUGUGCGCGCUGCUGCUUGAAUUUCUCUACGCCCGACAUAACAAGAAAUGGGCAGCGGUUUCGAAAGAAGACAUCAUGGCAAGAUAUUCGGUGGAAGAACUGGGUCAGAUGGGUGACAAAUCACCCCUGUUCAAAUACUCUUUGUGA